AUGGCCGAUGACGAAAGUUUAAUUGCCACCAGAAAGAGGAGAUCAAAUGCUGGUUCUCGCUUAAAGCAAUUGCUAAAGGCUGAGGAAGUUGCAAAUGAAGGCGAUGAAGACGAUAAUGAUAUUGAUUUAUUGUUCCAAGAAGAUGAUGACGAUGCUGAGUUCAACGUUGGUGAUAAAGACAGAUAUGGAUACCAAGGAUCUGAUGAAGAUGAGCAAGAAGACUCAGAGAAUGAACAACGAGAGGCAUCGGAUGAAGAAAGUCAACGUGAGGGAACCACUAGUACCAGAGAAAAUGGUACUGACUCUGAAAAUGAUGAAGAAAGCCCACAAGUUGACAAUGAUGAUAUGUUUAGUGAUUCAGAAGAUGAUGAUUCAGAUGAAGAUGAUUCAGAUGCUGGUGAGAAGGAACUACAGAAGCAAGAGCGUGUGAAGAAGCGUCAAGCACAAAAAAAGGCUAGACAAAUACCCAAAAUUAUAUCGAAACCAAAAGCAACAGCUCCAAAAAAGAAAAUACAACAUGUGGAACCAAAAGCCGAAACAUUACUAUCGCUAAGUCGUCGUCAAUCAUCCAGAAAAACAGCAGUCCAAAACAAGAUGGAUUUGGUUUCUAGAUUGAAAGAGAAUGAGGCUCGUCGUCAAAGCGUAAAACCUGUGGCAAGAGUUGAAUAUGUUGAACUAACGCAAGAAGAAAGAUUGGCCGAAGCUAUUGAAACUGAGAAAUACAACAUCUCCACCUUGAACAAGUACAAAGAACAAGAAGUGGAUAAGAAGAAAAAACAACGUGCUUUGCAAUUGAGUAAGCGUAAGAGACUAGAGAAUGUUGUCAGCUACAAAACAUGUCCCAUAUUUGUCACUCCAGUUGAAGAGCAUGAAUUGGAGCAUUUCUUAAUGACAAGAGAUACAAUAAGAAGAAAAAGAGAUAGACGUGGAAGAAAAAGUGAGAAGCAGAAGAAAGAGGAGGAAGAGGCUAGAAAGAAAGAUGAGGCAAGGAAAAAAAGAGCUGCUAUGUUCAUAAUACAACCAAAAUCCCCUGCACAUAGCCCAGAGUUGCUGAAAAAGCUACAGGAUGAAGGUAUGGAUAUAAAACAAUUACAUGAUGCUGGUACAGAAUUGAAACCGAAAGUUGAAAUGGAUCCCUUAGAGCUACCAGACAGUAGCGUUCCGCCUGAGUCAAGAGAAACUACAAUAGAACCUCCUCAAAAUGAUUCAGGGACGGGGGCUGAGACUCAGUUAAAUAAUGAUGAAAAGAAGAAGAGACCAUUGUCUUCUGAUUCUGCUGCGGUUGAAGAACAUGAUUUUAAGAGAGCUAAGGUAGACAAUAUUGAUGCUGAAGCUGAUGAUGAGAUAUUACUAAUUGAACCAAAAUCUACUGAGGCAAAAACAACUGACGCUGUUUCAGAGAAAGAAGGUGCAAAUGAAGAAACCAAAGAGAAAGAAGAUGAAGAGGAUGCCAAAUCAAGUGAAGACUCCAAAGGAGCUAACGCUACAGAGCCUGAGAGUGUUGAAAAAGACUCAGAAGGCUUAAAACCUGAAGCAUCUACCGAGCAAGAUGCUACAACGGAGAUCAAAGAUCAAAGUGAUUCAAAUGAUAAAGAAGCUGAAGAUACUACCGCAGUUGAUAAAAUGGAUGUUGAUUCUACUGACCUUGAAGUGAAAAAUGAGCAGCAAGAUGAAAAAGCUUCCAAAACUGUUAAAUUUGCAGAUGAAGAAGGUCCUAAAACCCCUGUCAAAAUUGAUGAUCAUGCUGUAUCUAGAGAAACCACACAGGAGGUAUCAUCAAGAGAACCAUCAGUUGCAUCUGAGGAACCUAUAAUGUUUGAAGGUCCCCCACAAAAAGUUGCAGCUAAUUUCAUAUCGUUUGAAGAGUCUACAAAACAUUACACAGUUGAUGAAAUUAAAGCUUAUUUGUUUGGUCCACAAUCUUUAUUACCUGCACAAAGAAGAACCCAAGACGUUGAACCUAUAUUGAGGCUGAGAGCUGAUGCAAUUUCUGAGGAUGAUAAAAUUGGUGGCGUUCAAGAUUUACCAAGUUUUGAAUUUUUGAAUAAUUUUCCUAAAUUUGGUGAGUUCAACAAAGUUAAAAAAGAACAAGUUGUACUUGAAACUAGACAGGAUAUUAAGGUGGUACUCAAGACACAACCACCAACAGGUGUUCAUUUACCAAAUGGGUCUAAGAAACAAUGUCUUCUCACUGGUAAGCCGGCUAUGUAUUUUGACCCGAAAACUGGUUUACCGUACAAUAGUGUGGAAUCUUACAAGGUUAUCAAAGAUAUACAAAAUGGUGUUUGGGCAUGGGUUGAAUUCCCAGGAGGAGGAUCAUAUGUUUGUAAUAGAGAAAACACAGUUCACGCUAAAGGUGUUCCUGAAGGAUUUGAUGAAUAG